AUGCCCUACUCGCACAUCGUCCCCUUUCUUGUAUCGGCGACCUCUCUAGGAAUCGCUGUCACGAAAGCCCUUCCAAUGCCGAUAUACGAGUCCCUCGUCUGCGUACCGACUUCGUGGACUGACGUGAUCGUGUUCCUGCUCGAGAAUUAUGUUGCACAUGCAGGCACCACACUUUCUACUCCUGGUGCGUCGUGGUACGACACGGUUGCGUGGAAGGUGAUGGUGGUAUUCGUACCCUUCGCAAGCUUGCGAUAUUCUCUGGAGCUUAUCAAGCGUAAGAUUCAUUUGUGGGGUCGAAGGGACGACCUGGGUCGAGCUCUGGCAAGGGAAGCCCUCAUUGUUGUCGCGCGAAAUUCCAAAACGUGGAGACCUGCAAGGCGGCCCAACGUCGACAAGGUAUACGUGCGGUUACAGGAAGGGUUCCUCUCGCAUCAUGCAUUCUCCCACCGGCGAGCGACGGCUGCACUUCAAAUUGCUCCAUCUACGCGGCAUCUCCUGGAGAACCCUGAAAACGUCAACGUCAAACUCUCCAAGUCUCAGAGCUGGUUGCAAAUGGCGAUAUCUAUCGCACAACUAUUUUUCUCUUCGAUGACGCUGUACCGCGCAAGGGGCGAUCAAAUCGACUAUUACGGAUAUGCAGCCUUUGGCUUAUCCGUGAUCCCGUAUACCCUAAUGUCUCUGGUAAACCUCUUCGGUAGCAUGAUCCUGGGGGAUUAUCCAUACGUAUACGUCCUGAAUACCCCAGUGCUUCAGGAAGCUGCGCGGCGCCCGGACGCGAGCUUCGACGGGUACGUGGGCUACUUGCCACGCAACGAAACUGGUAGUACUGGCCCGCACGACCCUGCCUUUACUCCGGUUUAUUUGUCCUGGCACUCUGAAGUGCAGACGGACGACGACGAAAAGAAAUCUCGGGAUAUCCUUACGGUUAGAGUCGAGGAUGGCUCGGAACCCAGAGAGUUCGAGCUCCUGUCGGACCCAAACGCCACAGACUUCGUCUUUCAUAUCCAAUCCGUUACCAACACUAAACGAGUACCUCCAUCCCGCACUGGUAUUCGGUUGGAGUUGCUCCGCAUACUACAAGCUGCAUAUGAUAGCUGCCGAUCCCAGGAAGGCUUCCGGGCAACCCUUCGAAAGCGUCUUGGCCCCGACGUUCAACUCAACAAAUCUGAUUUGUUCGAAAUUAUAGGAGGGCCAGUGGCUCUGGUACUCCCGUACCUCGUGAUAUAUGCUCUCAGCGGAUUUAAGGCAGAGCGCAGCACCAUCGCGCAGAGGGCAUGGCUCAUGGCGUGGCUAGGCAUGGGCCAAUUCUUUGGGGCGACUAUCGCCACGCUCGGGAGAUCGGGUUCCUUUUGCUGGUCAUGGGUGAACGCUCUCAAGGUCUCAAUCGUCUGCAUAUCUUUAGCUAGCGCGAUGGGAGGAUUCGUUGAGGUCAUCAUGAUGUACCUCAGUUUUGGGUCGUGCUCGUUGACACCGAACUGA